AUGGACCAAAAAAUUAUGUUCUUAUUUAUAAAAAUUUUAACGUUUAUGCUUUUACCUUGGAUAUGUUACUUUUACAUUGACAUGAGCUCUUUAAAUAAAAACGUGGAUGAAAAAUACAAUCUUCGUAGAAAAUUAAAUGCAAGAGAUUAUCGGGUAUUAGCAAAAUAUAAUCAGGAUAUAAAUUCAAGUAUUGCAAAUUCUAAAGGAGAAAUUCCAAAUAAUGAAGUGAAAAAAAGAAUAUAUAUAUCUAAUAAUAAAAAGGGAGCAAAAGGAAAGCAUGAACCCUCAUGUAGAAGUGCAUUAUACAAUGAGGAAUACGAUAAAAGUGUUGACAAAAAUAAAUUUGGUGUACAUAAAAUAAAAAAGUAUUUCGAUUUUGAAAAAAAAAUAUUUAAAGAACUUGAUUAUGAAGAUUACAUUAAAAAUAUCAAGACUAUUGAAUAUAAGGAAUAUAAAAAACUAUUAUGUAAAAAACGAAGAAUACAAAUUGCUUUAAUAUUGUUAGUUAUCCUGGUAUUAAUAUUACCCAUAUUAGAUCUUUCUUUAGAAACAUUUAUAGAUGGUGGAUUGUUGGGUUCAUUAGAGUUGUUAUCCCCAGUUGAAUCUACAGGAGGUGGCGUUGCGUCUGGGGUACAGGGAUCCUUAAUAACUUUGUUAAGCCAAAGUAAAUGGGGUAUGUUACAAAAAAUAUCUGCAUCUAUUAUUUUCAUUUAUGGCGUACCAUACCUUAUAUUUGUUGUUAUAUUUAUAUUAGGGAUGGUUUAUUACUAUAGAAAAGUUAUAAAAUAUGAAAAUAUUAAGUUAAGAAAAAAAAUAAAUAAGAAUUAA